AAGAAGAAGAGGAGGAGGAAGAUGGCGCGGUGUUAGAUGUAAACAAAGAUGUUUUAAAAUGACUUUGAUCGUUAAAUUAAGAAGAAGAAGAUUUAACUCCUGAAAAUAUAAAUCCUCAAACUGAAGAUUCACCUCCAACCAGCUGCUGCUCCACCUGAUCCACAGGUCAGACCCGGCCCAGCCCGGCCCGGUCUGAUCCCGUCUGACCUGGUCUGAUCCGGUCUGACCUGGUCUGCUCUGGUCCAGGUCGGGAUGGCGGGUCGAGGUGGCGGUCGAGGUCGGAGGAUGAUGAGUUUCAGUGUGGAGGCGGUCGGCAUCAGCAGAGGAGACAGUUUACCUCCAUCCAUCCAACAACCCACACCUCUGUUUCCUGUGAUGGAGCAGAAGCCCCUCCCCCUGACAGGUGGCGAGGAGGCGGAGUAUCUGUUGGCUCUCAAACAGGAGUUCAGAGGAGCCAUGAAGAGUCUGCCCUUCUUCAUCCAACCAGCUGUUGCACACAGAG